AACGUGAAUCACAGAAGCAGCCCAUGGAUCAGAGAAAGCCCACGUAGCCUUCUUCAUUUUCAAUAUUAUUAUUAUAUUAACGGCUUAGCCGUAGAUCUGUGAACCGGACCGGGCUGGCCCGUUGCCAACCAUGGAAUCUGCACUCUCUUCUUCUCUGCUUUCCUUAGCAACUCCGACCAGACUCACACCCAUUUCUUGUUCUCCGCCAAGACAUGCAACAGUUCCUCUUUGUGUCAGAACAAGCUCCACUUUUUCAGCUAAGUUUGCAGAAACAAGAAGAACAUCAACAAAAGUCUCGGCUAUCAAUGAUGUAACCACUGUUCUUGACCCUGCUCCAGUUGAAAUCACAUGGCAAAUCAUAGUUGGAACUAUAGCUGGGAUUACACCUUUUGUGGUGGCAGGGAUAGAGUUCAGCAAAAGGAUUAUAGCACAAAGGAAAUGUGAGGAAUGUGGAGGAUCAGGGAUUGUUUUCAGGGACAAGAAGUAUUUUCGUUGCCCUGAAUGUGGUGGAUUUCUUCCUUGGCAGUCAUGGAAGAGAUUCUUUUCUGGUUAGAUGCCUUGUGAUACAUUGCACAUAACAAUACUUCAACAAUCACAACCUUGUUAUAGAACAUAUUCAUUUCUCAUCCAAUCAAAUAAUCUUGGUUUAGGUUGAUUGUUUUUUAUGUAUGUUUAACUUAAUAUCACUUUUAAUUCGGUUUUUUUAACAUUCUUUACUAAGUAAGGAGUACUGCUCUACUUGUCACUUAAAUAAAUUUUAGUUUUUUAUUUAUUAA